AUGAACAAGAGAAAACUCGAUCAACAACAACAACCACAAGGAUUUUUAAACGCCACUACAAACACCUCCUCUGAAUCAGAUCAUUCUGAGUUGGUAGAAAAUUCACCUCGAGACAGUUUCCACAAUGAACAAAGAAAUGACCUAGUUGACCACUCAGCAGAAGAUCCAUUAUUAAUGUUAGAAAUGUCCUCCAAAAAACGAAAGCAACAAUCAGAAGCAACAACUGUCGACUUUUCGUCUGCUCUCGCUUCAAGCCAUUCAAAAGAAAUACCAACCGCACAGCUGGAAGAAAACGAAAACACCAUGGAUGGUCAUGAACCCUUUUGCGUCAUUAACCAAGACAACUCUGCCUAUGGUAGCAAUUGCAGUGACAAGGAGCUUAAUGACUUGGAUGAAACAUUCCUUUCCUCCAAACUCACUCCCCAACAACGUGAAAACUUGCGUAACAAGACAAAAGAAUUUGUGAAGCAACAAAAGAUCAAUGAACAGCAAUAUGUGAUUCAUGUCUCCAAAUAUGUGAGUAGCAUUGCUGAAGUUAACAGAAUUGUCAACACUGGUGAGUGGUUUGGCAGCGCUGAAGUAGAGAGAUCGGUUGUGGAUGAAAGUUUAAAGAUAACUGAAACUCAAAACCCUUCUAAUACGGCGUUCUUGAGCUAUUCCCAACGGCAACGACGUCAAACUUUCCCAUCCAACAUUUCACAUCAUUCACUUCUGAACCAAUCGUCGUCACUCUCCUCACCCCUAGUGAAUGAAGAUUCUUCUAGCAAUCAUGCACCAGAAUUAAUUUUUAUUCCCAAGGUCUUGUCUUCCAUCAUUAAACCUCACCAGCUUGAAGCUCUCCGAUUUUGCUGGAACAAUGUCGUGUUGCCACCAGAUGAUGACCUCAGGGGCUGUAUUCUUGGUCACUCUACUGGCCUUGGAAAAACCCUCACAAUUAUUGCUUUUUCCUACCUCUUUUUAAAAUAUCAGAAGGGAAAGAGAAUUCUCAUCAUUUGCCCAAGAUCUGUCAUUCAAAACUGGGAACGCGAGAUUGCCUCUUGGAUGCAUAACCUCAAACUGGACACAAUUCCAUGCUUUGUAUUGGACCACGGAAAAGACUUGAGAAGUCACAGACUCGAAAAACUUGCAGAAUGGUCCAACAGGGGAGGAAUUCUGCUCAUGUGCUUUUCAUCAUUCUCUCGAUGGACUGAAUCACAACAAGGAGCCCACCCUCAACAGCAAUUUUCAAGCAAUGUUGGAUUCCAAGCGCAUCAUCAUGAGCCACACAACCAUAACACAAGCAAAAUUGAGUUUGAGAAGCAAGUUGCAGAAUAUUUACGAACGUGCGAUCUUGCAGUAGUUGACGAAGGACACCGUAUGAAAAAUCCAACAACAAACCUCUCCCAUGCGCUCUAUUCGAAUAUUUUGACGAGAAAGAGGAUUGUGUUGACAGGAGUUCCACCUCAAUUCAAUCUAAUGGAGUAUUUUACCAUUAUUGAUUGGGUAAGACCAGGUUAUUGGUCCAUGAAGGAAUUCAAGCACUUAUUCUCGGAUCCUAUUGGUCUUUCUCUUCAAGACUUGUCCAAUGUUGAGAAUAGAGAACAAAUGCGGAAACGAUUUUUCAUCCUUAUGCAAGAAUUGUGUUUAUUCGUUCAUAGAAAAGACCAAUCCGUUCUGAAAUCCUAUCUUCCACCAAAGAAAGAAUAUGUAUUAUACUUUCAUCCAACUGAUAUUCAAAGCAAUUUGUAUAAUAGAUUUAUUGAGAGUAGAAGAAAGGACUUGAAGCAAACAAACAUUGAGGCAUCCUUUAACGAAGAAAAGCAAAAACAGGAAAUAUUCUUUAUGACUGUCAUGUCUCAGAAAAUUCUCAACCACCCAGACUUGGUAUUACAAUAUUGUCGUGACAAUAAGAAACUGUUCGAGGGAAAUAACACUAAUUCACUUGGAUGCAAGCAAGUUGAUUCAAGCCAAAGAUCUUCCAUGAAGUUGUUUUUGGAGAGAAUGCCGAUGAUAGCAACGAAUUGA